AUAACUAUGUGAAUGUGCAUUAUGGGAAGUAAACAUGGUGCUCCCAAACAGUGGUGAACAGUGAUUAGAAGAGGAUCGUUAGUGGCUAUCCAUAACCUAUUAUUUAUCGAUUAAAGUGCAGAUUACCUGUUCAACUAAUGCAAAUUUAUUUGAUUAUAUUUGAAAUAAUUUUUGGGUAUUCUUAAAUGGUUCAAAAUAUUUAAAAUGAGUGCUUUAGAAUUAAGAAAUCAAGGCAAUAAAUUGUUCGCUGCUCGUAAAUAUGACGACGCAAUCGCUUGCUAUACAAAAGCCAUAGUAAGUCAUUUUGUACUUUCUACAAGUAAAACCGACACUUUUAUAAUUGGUAUAAUUAAGUAUAAGCCAGUGAUUCCCAAUCUUUAAUGCCCAUCAUGAAUUUGAGUCACCGCCUAAGCAUUUUUCAUUCCCUCGCCUCCUAGUCCUGUCCAAUUUCCCUUGUUAUUGUUGUAAGACUGUAAGUGUUAAGAGUUUGUUGAAGUAUAGUACUGGUAUAUUGACAAAUUUUGAAAAACAAAAAAAAAGAAGAGGUGGCCAAUGAUGGUACAGGUUUUGACAAGAGUUGUCACACCCUUAGCUAGUGACUUCAUAGCCAGCCUACAAUUCCCGCCCCCAUUAACCAUUAAGGCAAAAAUAAUAAAAUAAUUUUCUGUGGAGGGGAGCAACCCUGUAUUGAUUUGUUACUAGCAGAAAAAUGAUUUAUCCAAGUACCUACUACUACUAAGAGGAAUUAGGUACUGUGAAAUCCCUUGUUCUGCGCAUGUCCUAAAAUGUUGAAAAAACUUGUUAUCUUUGGAAAAUUUCAUACUAUGUCACAUUUUGGCAAUCCUCCGAAGUCCGGUCCCAAAUUAUUUUGUAUGAAAAAACUGCAAUGCACAGUGUGUAUUGUUAGAAAACAGCAGAUAUGUCAGUCAUAGCUUUUGUAAAUAACUGUAACUUUACAAACCAGUCAGUAAAUACUAAAUGUUGUCAUUGGCGCAUAGCAUUUGCUAAUACUAAUACCAGCUGAAAACGUUCUGCUGGUGACUGUUGCGCCACUGAAAGGCCCCCAAGUAGCUGGCAAACAGAUCGCGACUAGCGGGCCUACCACUCUGAUAGCGUAGUUUACGUUUUGCUUGCAUCCAAAGUCCUUCAAUAGUGUGAAUCUCCUGGUCUACUGGAUCAACAAAUUCACGCUCGUGCACAAUGACAGCGUGAGCAUAAAUCUCGUUGUUGAGCUGACCGACAUUUUGAUAUCCUCGCCAAGCGUCUGGGACGGUAGUUGUUCCUGGUAACACAUGAUUAGUGAUAAUGCGCUCGAGUGUUUGUGCAUCUGGACGGCCAACAACCUCCAUCUAACAUCGUUCACUAACGCAAACGUGAGUUUCAAAACAGAAUGAUGCCCAAGACUUUUAAAUAAGGAUUAAUCAUUGGAAAUAAUUUGGGACCGGACUUCGGAGGAUUGCCCACAUUUUUAUCUUCAAUAAUUUGCUUUCCUCAUCAGUGAAAUAUUUUUUGUGUUGUGUUUGAUUCUAGGAAAUGUACACAAUGAUUUAUUUUCUGUGUCAUGGACAGGAUUUUCAUAAGGAUUCGGUAGGCAUAUCUAAUAAUAUACUCCUUUGUUAGUGAAAAAAAUCAAAUGGGAGUAUUGGGAGCUAGAUAAAAAAAACUAUGUUCAAUUUACAAGUUUAAACAUUCUUAUAUUAUUAAAUUCAAAUAAUUUUUAAAAAAGUUAUGCGCUUCUCAAGCUGCUUGGGGUGGUGAUGAAUAUUUUGCCUUAUUAAAAGUUAAUUAUUUUUUCGAUCAAGAUGCUGGAAAUGGCUAUUAUCACUGUCAAUUAUGAAUUGAUUCGUAAUUGUUGAAUCCUUAACAUCUGAAUAAUACUAAGUAGUUUCAAAUUAAAAAUGUACAAAAUUUAAUGAAACAUUUUAACCGAACUUGAAAAGGUUUAGUUGGGAAUCAGAGGGUCAUCAUUAGUGUUACCGUAGUUUUAUUAUGCUAAAAAAUUGUGUGUACCAAUUUCAUCGUUUCUCUUUAUAAAAAUAGAAUGAAUAAUAAAUCGUAACGUCGUUAAUUAUAUCAAUAAUGAUAGUUAUUCUCUUAUUAAUGCCUAAUCAAAUGGGAUUAUAUCACUAAAAUUAGGCCUACAUAUAAGUUAUAACAAUAAAAUGUAUUAUUAUAAUCCCAUAGUUUAUUUAGGCAUAAGAUUAUAAGCCUAAUUACCAAUACUCUUACAAGCCUUGCCAAGCCUAAUUAAAAUCUGCACUUUUAAAAUUUAAUUAGGUAUUUAAUUAUAAAUGUUAAUUAAAUCUUAAUUUAAUUUAAUAGAAUAUUUUAAUACUCAGUAUUAAAACUGUGUGUCUUUACAGACAUAGAAAAAGAAUUUACAUAGACAAAUAUUUAAUAUAUCAAAAUAAUCAAAUUAAUAAACUAAAAAAUUGAAUAAUAUUAAAAAGAAAAUAGAUAGUGUGUACAUUCAGGAUUAUAUUUAUAAUUAAAUGUUAUGGCUAUGCUUCGUCAGUUAUAGGGUACAUAUUUUCUUUUGAAUUUUCUAUUGGAGAACUUUGUGGUAUUUUGUCCAUCGAUUAUGAGGCACAUUUGCAUGUAGAAGGCACAGACAAAGUUUACGAAGGAGAUAUCAUGGGAUUCAUCAACAAGACCAAGCAGUCUACAUAGAAAAUGAACAUUCCCAUUACCUUUUAAAAUUAAAUCUACUGGGACUGGUAUAUUUGAAUUAGUCUUGUCUUAUGAGUGAUUUUACUCAUUUUUAUUAUAAGUUAUAAGUUCUUGCAUUCAAUUUUACAUUAAAGAAAGAUUUCUACUUACCUUUUAUAAAUAUAAGAAUUUAUUUUAAAUAUAACUGAAUCAUAUAUUUAAUUAAAAUACAAUGAACAUGUUAUUUUUUUUUUUUUUUGUUUUACAAAUAAUAAUUUUUCCAAUUUUUCUGUACAUGAUUUUUUUUAACAUACCCUCAAAGAAAAUUAUCAAAAAUAAAAAGGCAUGACGUAAAAUUUAAUUAAAAUACAAUGAACAUGUUAUUUUUUUUUUUUUGUUUUACAAAUAAUAAUUUUUCCAAUUUUUCUGUACAUGAUUUUUUUUAACAUACCCUCAAAGAAAAUUAUCCAAAAUAAAAAGGCAUGACGUAAUGUACAAGUUUUGCUGCUCUUUGUGUUGUAUAUUAGAUUGGGAAGGUCUCCUGAAAAUUUUGUGCAAUUAUCUUUAAAAAUAAAAAUGUUGAGGGCAAAAUAGUGUAGAGAUUUGAAAUUUGGGUCACAUGUUUUAGGGGUAAAAUAUAUAGAUUAUGUAAGGGGCAUAAAAAAUUUGAAAAAAAAAAUCAUAACUCCACUUUUAUAAAAGAUAGAAUGAUGAAUUUGAAUAGAUAGCCCUUUAAAAUGAGUUAUCAUUCAUGGCAAUCGGAAAAUAUUUAAAGUUUGUGUCAAAGUACCUUAAGAGGUCUCUAUGCUGCAUGCGAAAUCCAAAAUGCAAUUGAGUAGAUGCUACUGUCAAGAAGAUGGAAUUUCAAUUUCCCGGUCUCUUGAGGCUUUGAGAUUCAAAUUUGUAGGAUAAAUAUAUUACUAAAGAAAUAUAUAGUAAUAAGGGACAAAUGUUAAAAGUUAAAAUAUUGCCCCCACUACCUUUUAUGAAACUAAAUAAAAUACAUUUCCUGUAUCAGAAACGGAAAUGUGGCUUUUAUUUACUUAAUGUUUUAAGGCUAAAAUUGUUAUUGGUUUUUUAGGGUUUGCUGGUUCAAUUAUGGUCAUACAUGCAUGAUUUUAUCACAUGUGAAAUAGUAAAUGGAAGUAAUAUACCAUCAUCUGUAAACUGUAAAAUGUACAUUGUGAUAAAAGUAAACUAAAUUAAAACUGAAAAUUUUGAUCUUUAAACUGAGCUAAAAAUGUUUUUCUCCCUUAUAUUUAACUUGACUUCUUAAAUACAAUAUUUUUCUUGGUUCCUGAAAUCCUAGAGAUUACAGAGCUGAAAUUUUGAACUUUGUUUGGUUCAUUUUGAAGUACCGAUAUUAAGUUUUUAUUACCAGAUAUGUUACUUUCUCUAAAUUUCUAGAUCAACAAAAAAAAUUAAAUCACAGUAGGCAAAGAAAUAUUGUAUGGAUCAAACUUAAUUCAAAGAAGAGAGACUAUUUUUAGUUGGAACAGCUUUGAAUUUCAGAAUAUGCAGUUUGUACCCUUUAAAUUUGUUCUGUCACCAUAAACAGACCAGUUUACCCUCAGACUCUUAAAAUCGUCCAAUAUCAUGAAAAACCUUUCAAUACGUUAUACUUAUAAUUUAUAGUAAAAAAUAAACAUACAGUAUAUACAAUCUAUACACCUCAAAAUCGUACGUUGUACGCCAAAAUCGUAAGAGUAAACAGGUCUGCAUAAAGUUUUUAAAGUUUUAAAAUACCUACAUUAGAGUGAGAUUGGAAGAAAUGUAGUGAUAUACAUUUAUUAUGGUGCAAUAAAAUAUAUAUAAAUCUUCAUCAUUGUAUUUUUACUUGUUUUAUAUCCUUUACAUUCUAUCUUUUUUAAAUAAUAAUGGAAAAACUCAUUACAACCCAUAAAACAAUAAAUUUGGUGUUUAGAUUAACUUAAAUAGCACUGCACUACCUGAUUGCUUUACUUAACUGCCACCAAUAGUAUUUCAGCAUAAGAAUCAUUUAAUUUAUAUUUUUUGGAUUGGCUCCAGGGAUCAUGUAGUUAGACAUAGAUAAGUUUGCUGACUGGCUGGUUCAAAUCCCUGUUGCACCAAAAUAUUUGUACAAAUGAUUUAUAUUAGUAACAUUAGUAUUUAGAUUUAGUUUAGGAAAGGUAUCUUACCUUAUGACAAUCUGUUAUAUUUAUUGAAACCUUUUCAGUUAUCUUUAGCUGUAACGUUUAAUUUCUACAAGCUUUAAAUGUAUGAUAAUGGACAUAAAAACAGCUGUAUUAUUGGUAUGCUUCCUAGCCAACUUUAAAAUUAUCACAUUCUGACUAAGCUUAAGGGCAUGCAGUCUUGACCAGUAAGUGUUACUUUAGAUAAUUCUAUAUUGCUUAGGAGUGUUGAAUGCUGAAAAGCAGCCAGUAAUGCCCUUCAAACUUUUUUCAACAGAUAAAAAAUCCCAACACAGCCCUCUUUUUUACAAAUAGAGCAUUGUGUCAUUUGAAGCUUCGGCAGUGGGAAAAAGCACACCAAGAUUGCCAGCGAGCUCUUGAAAUUGAUAGGUCAUGGGUCAAGGGUCAUUUCUUUUUGGGCCAAGCAUACUUGGAGCAAAAUAUGUAUGAUGAAGCAAUAGCUGCUUUAAAAAAAGGUAAUGUAACUUUUGUUUAUUUUUAGAUCUGGGAGUGCACAAAAUUGCAAGAACUAAAAUGUAUUUUUUCUUCCUUUUUUUAAAAACUAAUGUAGUUUGGAAAAGGCUUCCUAAGUCUUAGCAAAUGGUUUCUUUUGAUCAGAAAGCAAAUACCCAGUAUCUAUUUUUUGUUCUGACCUGGUGAGUGAGAGCAGGGGGGCUUAUAACGUAAAGAUUGAGAAUCUCUGUGUUACAGAUAUGGUACAUUUUUUUCUUAAAGCACAUGAUCUGGCAAAGGAGCAGAAAUUGAACUUUGGUGAUGAUAUUACAAGUGCUCUCAGAGUAGCUAAGAAGAGGAGAUGGAAUACAAUUGAGGAGAAACGCAUUCAACAGGAGAUUGAACUCCAGUCAUAUAUUAACAGGCUAAUCAAAGAAGACAGAGAAAGGUUGGUCAUUUCAUGAAAUAAAUGAAGGACUGCUUUCAAGCUAUGUGAAAGAAAUAGUAGAAAAAAGUAUGUAAAAGCUUGAAUCGAAAGACAACAUGAUAACGUUUCAGCUAAGAGCCUUCCUCUGUCUGCUGAGGAAGUCUCAUAGCCAAAACUAUAUCUUAUUGUCUUUUCAUUCAAGCUUCCAUGUAUCUUGUUAUACUAUUUCAUUGGGGAUUUUAAGUAUGUUUAUUUUAAAGGAACUAUUUUAGUUCAAACUAGAUUAAAAGAUUGAAAUGUCAUUUUAUAAAAUAUCCUUCUAAUACAAUAAAGAGAAGUUUGUAUUUAUUUGUUUGUUAAAAAAUCAAGUUAAUGACGUUAAUUACUCAUGCUUUGAUUGCUCUGUACAUUUGCAUGGGGGGGGGGGGGUGAAUAUGUUGAGGCUGACACACAAAUAUCAUCGAAUAGAAUGAAGAUAACACAAAUUUCUUGAAGGCUAUAUAUUUAAUUCUAUCUAAUAUUCUAUAUUCAUAUGCUAUCUAUUACAAUUAACUGUAAUGUGACUCACUAUCAAGGAUUCUAAACAAACUAAAGACACUAAUGCAAAGACUGAUUCUGCUCUACUAAUGAUCCUACUCUGAGCGUUGCUUCUGCUCUCUUGCUUAUUUCUAUUCAUCACUGUUAUACUAAGUUAUAAAUAAUAGUACACACUUUGCUGGGUUCAAUCAGUGACUAUUUUAAUUCACAAUAAUAUCCAAAAGAAGAAAUAUAUGAUUGCACAGCAAUAAGAUAUACUUUGAAUCACAUCACUUAAAUCUCAAUUCCUGUAAUCAUUUCACUUCAAAUUCUUGAUCUACAAUCUCUGUUAUUUAUCAUGGCUGCUCAACUUUCAAACUUGUUGUUCUCACAUGACCCAAUCAAACAGUCUGAUUGGCCAGUCUUUAAAAUUCCCAAAACUACAGGGAAUAUUAACUAGUCUCCCAUCUGUGGUUCACAGUUUCAUGACGAUAUCCCUGAUACCGGGUAAUAUUCUAAUCCCAUUCACUAACUACUCACUUUACCAUAACAACAAAGACAAUGUCUCACUCGCUUGAUAUCAAACAUUCCACAUGGUUCUAAUAGGCCCCACCAAAACAUACAAAUUAAGUGCAACAUUUCUCACCAUAUUCUAUCCUCAACAUUCAGUAUUCUGAGACAAGUAAGAUGGAAAAGCUUCAUGUCAAUAGAAAGCUCUCAUAAUCUAGACUAAAACCAGUAUUUUUUAAUAAAUUUUUAUUAUAUAACAAUUUCAUUUAUCUUUACCUGCAGGCAAAUUGAAUCUUUAAAGAAAGAUGAUGGGAUGGCCAGCUGUGAUGAUUUGGAAGGAAUCAUUGAGAAAUCUGUAAAUAAUUUUGAUGAGCUUAGACCUUAAGCUUCAAAUGAUUUAAACCUAUAUAAUUUAAAUUUUUAGCGUUGCCUGAAUUAAGUGCUCAGAAAUUGUUCAUUUUAUUCAAAUAUAAUAUAACAUACUAUGUUAUUCAUAUGUUUAAAAUCUACAAAAGUGUUACAAAUACUUAAAUUUAAAAAGUUUUUACAUAGCAUUUGAGCAGUUAUACAUAUUUCUAGCUUCAUAAUAUUUCCAACAUGUUAUUGAUUUGUUUUCAGGAUAAAAGAAUAUCAGAAGUAAAUAAUUUAUUUUCACAGUUAGAUGAAAGAAGAAAGGUAAUACAUAUGUUUAAUAAUCUAAGGUUUCUUGGAUACAAGACAUGUCUUUGUAAUUUUUUUAAAAUUCACAUAUAAAAAUUAUAGUACUAUUUGUAAUGAGCAUGGCUCAGUAAAUAUACAGAAUAAAAUUCUUCAGUCUUCUCUAAGCAUUUGAUUUUGAACUCCAAUGGCCAUACAAAUAAUUCCUUGUCUUUAAUUCUUAAAAUGACAUCUUCACUUACAACAACUUUUGGUGGUCACUAUUUCGUACAAAGACAAACAAAAUCUCUUACAAAGAUUAUUUUAAAAAGUUAGUACUUAAGAACUUAAAGAGGGCUGCUAAUCAAUAUUUGUUUUAAAUAUCAGAUUUGUAACUUGUUGAAAUCAUACAGAGUGUAUACAAAUAAAACAAAUAAACCUUCAAUCCAUCAUAUUAAAAGUUGGCUUAAGUCAGGGGUGGGCAAACUUUUUGUGAGGAGGGCCACAUUGACAAAUUUAAAGCUUGGAAAGGGGGGGGGGGUAGGGGAGCACACAUGUAUAUUUUGUCAAAUUUUUACAUAUCGAUAAAAAUUUCUCUGUAUUAAAAUCUUUAAAUUCGCAUUUUAGAAUUACAUGACAAAAUUCAUGGACUGUUUAAAAAAAAUAGAAAAUUAGAAUGCAAGUUGAUCAAAAUGUAAAAGAAUCAUAACAGUACAUGAAAUUCUGUAAAAUUAAAUUUAACAAAAUAACUUAAAAAUAAAGUGUGUUUUUUUUCAUUUCUAAAUGCCUUCGUGGGCCGCAUAUUAUCAGUAGCGGGGACACAUGGCCCGUGGGCCAUAGUUUGUCUACCCCUGGCUUAAGUAACUGCAGUUGCCAUACAUAUUAUUUCAUACACACAAAAUUACCUACAUGUUGGCUGAUUAAAUGAAUUAUUAACUACUUAAAAUUCUCUUAACAGAAGAGAGAUGUGCCUGAUUAUCUCUGUGGCAAGAUUAGCUUUGAGAUAAUGAGAGAGCCAGUCAUUACUCCCAGUGGCAUAACAUAUGACAAAAAAGAUAUUAUUGAACACCUUCAAGUAUGUCUUCUUCUUCAUGGAUAACUUUUUUUUUAAAUUUGAUUUUAUACCACAAUAAUUACAACACAGACACUUAAGUAAUAUAUACCUCUUGGACAAUGUUUUAUUUUUUUAAUUUAUUAGGCUUUUCAUUACAUCAAGUAUUUUAAUUUUGUUUAUCAUUUCAGAGAGUGGGUCAUUUUGAUCCCGUGACCCGCACAGAUCUGACUCAAGAGCAGUUGAUUCCAAACUUCUCCUUGAAAGAAGUUAUUGAUACAUACCUGGAAGAGAACCCUUGGGCAGAAGAGUACUAGUGUCCCAUUUUCAUUUGUGUUGAUGGUGAUGUUUGGGAUUUGUUGUACUUAGAGGACAAUUGGCACUGAUAGACCAUGUCUCAGAUUUACUGUUGUGAUGGAUCAACAAUGUCUCAGUGAAAUAAGAUCUUUUGUUUUUUACUUGAGAAAAAUUCAGGAGAUGUCAGCCUUGUCCCUUUCAAACUGUUAAACUGAUGGCUUUAGUGGCAUCUAAAGACACAUAAUAAAUAGAUGAUUCAUGUUAUGUCAUGGCUGAGUUGAGAUGGUGUGAACAAAAUAAGCAUCAUACUUAUCCUCUUUAUUUUAAAAAGUUUCUUUUUGCUGAUGUUUAAAAAUAAUUGAAACUAGAUGGUCUGAUCCACCAAUUCUUGUCUUUCCAAAAGCCAGUUUACUGAAGGAAUUGUGUUAAAGAAAAGUUUAACAAAAGUAACCAAACAAAUUCUUGCACUAGCUUAAUUUUUUUUAACCCUAAUGCUUUUAAGUUUUCCUUAUUGUUCAGCAUAUAUACUUUGAAUAAAUCUGGUAUGACAUUAAAAAAGUAAAUUAAAUGAUCAAUGUUCACAUUUUUCUUCAAGUGCCCCCUUUAUUAAAUGGUAAAAUUGAUUAUGUUUGAGUGCUAAGAAUGAACUGCUCUGCAUGAUAUUUGAAGUAUAUUUAUAUACUAUCGCAAGUCUUUGGAUUGAUAAAUUAUAUUUCAGAGUAGACUUGAUUUUAUGAAAAAUGCAUCAUAUGUUUGACAUGUUCAUUUAGAAAUGUUGUCCUGCAAUAUCUGGAUGGAAAUGAAUAUACGGUAUUCAAAUGAUCGCUCUGAAUCCUAUAUCUGAAGUGAAUUUCUCCAUUAAAUUUUUUGAUAAAGUCACUUGGUCUGUCAGAAACAGUGAGAUAAAGAAUUUUCAUUUCUCUGCUUUCUGCUUAUCCAGAGAUUCCAGGUUAGAUGUGCCUCAAAAUAUAGAAGAAGAAGAAAUACAAGGAUAGACUGAAUUCCAAUUAAAAUUUAUUAUAACGUGAAUUAACCUAGAAAACAUUGGGUAUAAUAAUUGCUUUACACUGCUUCUAAACUUUUAAUCACUUCUGUAAUGUCCUUGAUGGGCAGGAUGAAUUAUUUCUGUGAAACAUCAUUAUUUUAAAUACUAUUUUACAGAAAAUUUUCACAAAUAACGAAUAGUGUCUCAUUUACAUUGAAAAUUGCAUAAUUCAGCGAAAACAUAUUUAAAUAGCUUAGGGAAUUUUAUUUUUAAAAUUACUGUCAAGGUAUUCCAGGAUUUCAAAAGGAUGGCGACAAUUUCCAAGGGAAUUUAAAUUAGCUGAUUUUUCUACCAGUCAUUACAGUAAUGUGCAGUUCAAUGCAAAAUUUAUCUUUUUAGUACAAAAUAUGAAAUUGAAGAGAAAAUAUGCUGCAGUCAAGACAUUUAAUUUUUAAAUUUCAAGUAUACUAUUUGUUAAAGUCAUAGUACACUUGAAAUUAUAAAUCUUGACGAUAUUGCUUUAAGAAACAAAUAUGAUUAUUUUAUGUGUCAAAAGCACUACCUAUUGCCCCAUGCAUUUUUUGGCAAAUUAUUUCUCCUAUCCUCUCAAUUUGUUUCAUCUUCUUACACUUACAUUCUUAUUUUGUUAUACUUGUGAUCUGAUUUACAUGCUUUUUAACAAAUAUUUUCUGAACAGUCAAGACUGGAUGAACAAUGUUGCAACUUUUAUGUUUAAGAACUAUUUUCAUUAUCAUUGAAAACUUCUACAUAAUGUUUGCAUUCAUUUAUUAUCCUUUAUUCUUAAACAAAUGAGAAUGUUUUUGUAAAAACAUACAGAUAUUCAAUUGUUAGUUUAAUUUUUCCAGUUUCCUUUUUUUUAAAACCACUUUAAUUUUAAUCUCUUCUUUGGGUCACAAAAUAUGUCCUUUAAAAAGUGAUUUGACAUCAACGUUACACUAUGUCAAAUUUGACAGCUGUGUAAAUGUCGCAAUAUUUUAAUUGGCCAGUACCAGCUGAUUACUUAUUUUACAUUUGAAUUUUAUUUGAAUAAUGAUUGUUAAACUCUAAUUGCAACUAUCAUAUAGAAAUUUUAAGUUAAAAUAAGCAAGACAUUUCACCCACACCAGAACAUGUCUAUACACCCAAAUGCAAGCACUUGAUCCACUGUUAACAACUGAUAACCUUUUAAAUAUAUUUGUAAUAUGUUUUUGCAGAUGUAGAGUAUAAACUCCUUUGUUUUAUAUUUCCGAUUUAUAAACAAUAAAAAUGUAAUAAGUCUUAAUACAUUUGGGUAAUAACUUGGGAACCUCAGCUUGUUCUCAAUUUAAAAAAAAUAAUAAUACCCCCCCUUAGAAUUAAUAAUUAUCUAUGUUUUUGUGAUCUAGCAUGCUUUCAAAGUUGGCAUUUUUAUUUGAUUCUUUUCAUUUAACGAAAAGCUUCCCCCAAGAACACUAAUUUCCCAUAGGAUACUGACACUGAUCUAAAUCCAUUCAUCCAAACAGGUAAUUUAAGACAAAAUAUCAGUUUUCCUUUAAAGUUAUAUAAGUUUGUGAUUUUUUUAUUGGGGAAGUCGUUUAUGAGCACAAAUUCUAGAGCAGAGGUUGAGUGCUGCAAAAUAAAUUCUCAUGAUAAGAUAUCUUUCAUUUUCACUUGAGACUUUGUCUUUUGCUAACACUGAGAAAAAUGCAUAAUAUGCUAAAUAAAUAUAUAAAUAAAACUGUGUACAUAAAUUAUUUAAUAACACUUUGAAUGGGCAUUUAGCAAUCUAUGGCAUUUAACUGUGAGUCUACAGACAUGAUAAUAGCAAUUACUUUUUGUAGUCAUCCUUGCGUUGUUCAGAUCAAAAUUUAUCAUCUCUGCUAAUCCAAAUCUAUAAAUUGUUCUACAUGUUGGGAUGGUAUGUCUUUGAAAAUGUUUUUUUUUUUUUAACUUUAGAACUAUUAAUAAUAAAUUACACUACAGAUUUUUAUGAUUUUUUUAAUAAGUCGAGAAAACGAUUUUUAAAAAACACUUUAAAAGUUAAAGGUACUUUUUUUUUUAUAACUUGUUUUCUUUAUGGCAGACCACACCAAGAUAUAUUUUCCGUUAAGCUUGUUACCAAGGUAAAAAUUAUCCUUUUUUAAAUAACAUUGCCUAACCUAACGAUGAAUACAUUAUUAAUAUCAUGUCACGAUUGUUUGUUUUAUGUGAUCAUCAGAAUUAUUCAAAACUUGAAAUGCACAACUAUGAUGUAUAUUUCACAUAACUUUUAGAUUAGGAUCAUUUUAUUUUGCAUUAAAAUACAUUUUUUUUAUUAAAUCAACUUGAUUAACUUGAGUAUAGCAGCUGAGCUGUGUCAAAAUUUGUUGCAAUCGUAUCAAUAUUUUGUCUUAUUAAAAAAAUGGAGGAAAUAUAAAAAUAAACUUUUUUUAAAAAUUUAAUGCAUCAACAAUAUAGUACUGAGUUUCCGUUUUUCUGCAUUAAUUAUUUUCAUCAUUUGGAUUUUUCAUUGUCAGUCUUAUUAGAUAGUCUUAAUAAAUAUAUCAAUAACUAAUCAGAUGAAUUAAGUAAGCCCCCAUCAUAUUUUGUCCCAGGGUUGGUGAGGUAAGUCAUAGUAAUUAGCAGUAGGAAAUUCACACAUGUAAGGUCAAUUUUAAGGAAGUCUUCCCUUUGGCAUUCCUGGGGUGGCCUGGUGAUUUUCCAUUAGGGCGAAACAUCCCGGUGGGAGCCCACUUUGUGGCUUUUCCCCUCUGUAAAAAAAAAGAAGCUGGGUGAGAUAUUCUGGGUAAUUUGGCUCCCGGGGGCCCAUAGGAGCCUCAGCUCGGGCCGCUGACUUAAAUUUCUUAUGAAUAAUUUUUUAGUAAAUCUUUUAGAGUGUUGAUUAAUUUUAUUUAAACGUUAACUAAACAUGAUUUUAUAAAUAUAAGCAACAGUGUAAGAAGAAAUGCUCUCUUUUUCCAUCAUUUGUGUAUCCUACAAGUUGAAAAUACAUUAUUUUUUAAAAGUAGAAAUUCCUUUAUGAAAAACGUAACACUUAAAAAAUUAUCUGCUGAACUGAAUUGAUCUACCAAAUUGUCACUGAAUUUUUUUUCAGUGGAUCAGUCUACAUGAACCUUAAUUUGUAACAUAAAUUUAGUCCUAUAUUUUCUGAAACUUUAUCAUGCAUUCGAUUACAGAUUAGUCAAUGUUUUCUUUCAUUAUGGAUUUACGAUCACUUUAUUAAUGUUCUAGCGAUCGUGUAAAAGAUAAAAUAAAACUUAUUACAGUA